GCUGCCGAAAAUUUCUUACUUGACACACAGCACCCCGCCCUAUGAAAUCCCUCGUGAAUUGUAAGCGUUAUGCGUGCGACAAGUAUAUAUCAAGACUACAGAUAGAAGUGAGAUCUGUUACCACGCAAUAAAGUGGCAGGAAAAAGUACUCCUGAAAUGGACGGACCUGGAUUAGGAUACUCGUAUCACCUGCCAUCCGCCGGUUGGAAUCUUAAAGUUAGAAACGCACUGUCGCAAUUCAGUGAUCUUUUUAGCGAAUUUAACAAGUAUAUUGCGCCAGCGUAUCAUCAUGAUCGCUGCGAGAGAUCUGUGCAGAUGCGCUUAUAUUCGAUGCACAAGAGGGAAUUUGUUAUGGUGUUUGUAGCCUUUUUCGCAUGUUUCGGAUUAGCAAUUUUUAUCGGCCUCGCUGGGCCGCCUAUAACAUCAACCAGCGAACAGAAAGCACAUUUGAACGGCAGUGAAAUGGCCACUGGUCCAUUCAUUAUGAAGACACCUCUAUUGUCCACGUAUAGUCAGCAAUUAUGGGUGAUUGCCAAGCUAUCGACAUCUAAUAACGAUGAUGAGAGAUAUGAUAAAGGGUUUCAAGUAAGCGUCUCCAUAGACGGUAUUACUGCUGAUCGCAAACUCGUAUCCGUACUAGCCCCGGAAGCUGGACAUAAUCGAACCAGGCAUUUGAAAUGCGAAAGGCAAUCCUGCGAAGAACUGGUCGUCGCUCACCUCGGAUUCCUCGAUUACAGUUACUAUAUAAUCACUGUCCGCUUCCAUGGACUCGAGAGCUUCCAUCAGCGAUACACGAUACGAGAACUCACAUUCUACGUCAGUAAGCACUGCAUGAAAUGUCACGUUUGUUUUCAACACGACAAUCUGAGAUUCGAACGCCUUGUUUUUUUUCUGUACGUUCUUUACGUUCUAUUGUUUUCCUGUUCACAGUUUAAGAACUACAAUCCGGCGUUCACGCAGAUUGAAAUCUGGUUUCGACUGAUCUUCUUAUUGACCACGUUCGGAGUAAUGUGUUGGUUCGGCCAUUCACUUAGAAAAUAUCCGCUGCACGAUUGGUCGAUAGAGCAAAAAUGGAUCUCUAUACUUCUUCCAUUACUAAUUCUGUACAAUAAUCCAUUGUUCCCCAUGACAUUCUUGGUGAACUCAUGGGUACCUGGUAUGUUGGAUGCAAUCCUGCAAACGACUUUCCUAUGUGCCAUCCUCAUGUUCUGGCUCUGUGUUUAUCAUGGCCUUAGACAGAACGAGAGACGGCUUAUCACGUUUUAUCUGCCCAAACUCUUAGUGGUGGGUAUGUUAUGGGGUGCGGCAUUGACUCUUGCCACGUGGCUUCGUUGCACCGAACUAGAGGAUCCUACUUAUAAUUAUGUUCUCGAUACAUCGAAUUACUACGGCUUCAAGGUAUUCUUCUUCACGGUGGGUGGCUUCUACAUCGCAUAUCUGUUGCUUCUUAUAUUAAAAGCCUACAGCGAACUUCGAUCUAUGCCAUAUUUCGAUUUACGUCUGCGAUUUUUAACAUUGCUCGCUGCAGUGGUCGCCGGCGUUUGCAGUUUGGUUACUGCACGUCAAUUCGGAGCCGGUGUAUUGGAGGACAGCUUUGCUUCUCGCCUCUCCACAUAUUACCGCACGUCCGCGCAAUUCAUGGCUCUUUAUGGUCUUUUGAAUUUUUAUUUGUACACCAUGGCAUAUGUUUACGCUCCUGCGCUCCAGCAGGUCUAUGGGCAACACUCGUCGAUAACGAAAGACAGUCCCGCAUUCUCGAUGUUUAAUGAUUCGGAGGAGGAAGUAAUAUAUGGAUCGGACGAGGACAGCCGGCGACCGCUGACUCGCACUCCACGAAAUGCAGAGGACAGUGACUAAGGGCCUUAAGAAAAAAAUGUCACUAUGCUAAUUGAAAUAUAUAGAUCAUUAAAUGAAAAAAGUAAUCUAUAUGAUGACUUUGAAUUCACGUUUUUAGUCUGAUUCGCAGUCAUGCUGCCAUCACAUUAAAAACUAAAAAAAAACUAACCGUGUCUAAAAAGUCGUGUAAGUAAUUUGUUGAAAAUCAAAUGUUAAUUGUAAAUGAAGACGUUGCGUCACGUUUUUGCAGGCUCCAAGAUGCAUAUUGUACAAAAAUUAUGAAUAUAUAUUCUAAAAAUAUGAAUUUAUACAUCACAUUGCGUAUAGAAAUAAUGUAAAAAUUGAAAGAAGAGAAUAUGAAUGGAAUGAUAGGAAAAAUAGGAAACAAAUUUUACAAAUUUUUUAAAUGUCAGCUGAUUUUAGGAAUAAUGUAGGAAAAGAAUUCCUAAUAACGCCUUUUGAACCUAUUUUUCAUGACAAAAUUUUAGGAAUAAUUAAAACAGAAUAAUUAUGAAAGUUAUAUUUCACAAUAUUGAAUGUUGUGCAUUUGUUUAUUUGUUAUUCUAAAAUUAUAUCUAAAAUUUCAUUUAUUUAUUUUGACGUUAUCAUAAUGUUAUUUAUAUUUUAUUGUAAAUUCUAAAUAUAUUUUUUGCGGUGUCCUAUAAGACAUACGUGAAAAUUAAAAGAAUAAUUGUAAACAUAAUAGGAGCCAAACUAUUAUAUUAUGUUAAAUACUCGUAAGAUAUUACCAGUUUUUAUACGAAAUGUAUUCAAUUGACAAAGUUAAUAUAAAUAUAGUAGAUAUAGCAUGUUUACGUAUUAUCAAUAAGGUGUUUAUUAUUAUUAGGUAAAAAACAUGCGCAUAAGACAUGGAUAACAAUGCGUGUUUUAUACCUGGAAAUCCAUUACAUUACAUAGGAAAACAGAAAUCUAUAAGAAAAAUAGAUUUUUGAGAACUUGUAAUAUUAGAGACAUACCUAUUUCACUAAGAAUUUGUAAUGAUUUUGUAUUGACUCACAGUUUUUCUGAUAAUGACAAAAUUUCUGAUGGAAACAGAAUUUGUAAAAAAGGAACGUAAUAUUUUCUGUUAAUAAUAAUCAUUUCUUAUCAUUGUUUAUAUGUCUGAAUAACACUAUAUACUUAAUAAAGAAAUCUUACAAAUCACUAGAACGUUUAUUGUUAUUAAAAACUGUGUUAUAAUAUUUAAGCCAAUAUACUAUCAUAUCCGAUUUAUAUUAUUUUGCUUUCUUUAUCAUCUAGAAUUUUUUCUUUCUUCUCUGGAAUUAUUCCUUUAAUCUUUUCUGUGUAGUGAAUAUCCUGUAUAUAUCUAUAUAGAUUAUACAAUAUACUCUCGGGACGGGAGAAUAGACUUUUGCAUAAUGCAUGAUACAUAAGAGAAUUAACCAAUUAAAAAUUUUCAUUUCUAUUCUGGUGAAGGAAAUAUGGGAUUCUGAUUGAUUCUUUCAUGCAUUAUAUAAAAAUCCGUGGUCUCAAUUUUAAUAUCUUAAACGGUAUCUAUCCAAUAUAAUUGGGGUGAUAAUAAAACACGUAUUUUUGCCAUUCAAUGUAUGGUUUUAUAUCAUAAUGUUAUUACAGAAAUGGUAUUUCAUAAUAAUUAAAAGUAAUAAUAGUUUUAUUGAUAAAUCACUCGCGUGGGUGCGCCGAUGGAUUGACCUUAUCGCUUUCGUGAUGUAGGCAUUCACAUCAAUCGACGCGCGCACACGGUUGUUUCCAGUUUUUUUUUGUUCAAUUACAUUUUCUUUUUGCAUCAAAUCUUCCCUUUUUCACCAUUAUCAUUAUUAUCAUCAUACAUAAUGGAAAAAAAUGUUACAUUUGUACAGCCAUCAUAUACAUGUUACAUUUAGAAUACCGUUAAUCCAUUAUCCACUUUUUUGUCUCGUUAAAUGUGUGUAUAGAGAGUGUCAUGUGUUUUCCUUUCCUUUUUCUCUCGGCGUGUAUACAUGUGAAUGUAUAUGUGGAGGUGUAAGUGGGUGUAUAUGUAUAGAUAUGCCUACUUAAUGAGAGUGAAAAAUGCUAUUUAGUCUCAAUACAAACUACCAGCACGGCUCUCUGCAUCGUAAGUCGAUCGUAAGGUGGAUUUUCAGAAAUUUUCGUAAAAUUCGGAAUUAUAUCUUCGUAUCUGUACGUAUGUGUACGCCCAAUGUAUCAAGGGGGAAAAAUAUGAAAAUUCAUGUUCGCGCGCACGACGCGCAGCAUCAACUACAUUCUCAACCUCCUGUUAACAAUGUAGAUCGCCCUACGUGCAAUUUGUAUUAAAUCUAUAGAAUGUGGCAGAGAAAGAGAGAGAUGAUAAUAAAUAAGAUCUAAAAGUAGGUAUUUUCCGCUGCGUACAAAAAAAAGACAAAA